GUCAUAACACUAAAGAAGAAGAAGACCACUUCCUUCUCAACGGCGCUGAUUCUGGUCUGCUCCGUGAAGCGGAAGAAUUAUGAAUCAAAUCAAAUGUUAUUGGUCACAUACAUAUUUUAUUGCUGGUGUAGCGAAAUGCUUGUAAUGCACUGACUACUGCGGAGGUUGCAUUGUUGAAAAUGCUGCAUGGACACUGCAGACAUCGGAUUGAACGUACACCAGGUUUUCUGGUUCGCUGCACGGACAGCGCUGCUGUAAUCAGUCUGGUAUUUUAUAGGCGUCCAUUACUGGGCCUCAGACAUUUAAACUAUCUGGACUCUCGAAGAGGACGUUGUUUCAAGUGGAUCUCGGGUAGAGUUAGACGAUAACAGACAACAGGAUUCUUGGUGAAUAAGAAACGCUGAAAAAAGAAUAGCUUACACGAUGAAUCGGGACAGAGCUAGUCCGUCCCCUUCCAACCUGCCGGAGUCCCCUGGUCACAACUCUCCUGGUAACGCCUUACUGCUGGAUCUGAAGAGGGUGUCUGUGUGGCUGGUCGACUGCAGGAAAACACCAGGGCAGAGUGGAACUGUGAGAGAAGGACACGAGGAGGGAGAUGAAGAUUUGAUUUCAUCAAGGGACAGCACUAACCAUUCUCUCAGUUGGAUGGGCUUGUCAUCUGCGGAGCCUCAACAACAUCGUGUUGCUGAGACAGAGAAGUGUCUCUAUAGACCAGAGCACCCCAAGAAACACCAGCAGAGAUGUAUAGGGAAGAAACCUCAACACUGCUGCUCUGACUGUGGGAAGAGUUUUACUAGCAGGAGUGAUUUCAUUAUUCACCAGUGGAUUCACACCCGGGAGAAACCGUACUGCUGCUCUCAGUGCGGGAAGAGUUUCACUGCUUCUAACGCCUUCCAAUCUCAUCUGCAAAUUCAUGCAGGGGAGAGGCCUUCCUGCCUUGAUGGUGGAAAGAGCUUCAAUCAGUCAAGCAACCUGACUACACACCAGCUAACACAAACUGGAGUGAAGCCUUUUAUCUGUGAUCAGUGUGGAAAGAGCUUUGCUAUAGCUUCCACCCUGAGUAGACACCAGGUUACACACACUGGAGAGAAGCCUUAUAGCUGUGAUCAGUGUGGGAAAAGCUUUGCUGUAGUUUCCUCCCUGAUUAGACACCAUCGAACACACACCGAGAAGCCUUAUAGCUGUUAUCAGUGUGGAAAGAGCUUUGCUGUAUCAGAAAAACUAACUAUACACCAGCGAACACACACAGGAGAGAAGCCUUAUAGCUGUGAUCAGUGUGGGAAGAGCUUUGCUGUAGUUUCCUCCCUAAUUAGACACCAUCGAACACACACUGGAGAGAAGCCUUAUAGCUGUUAUCAGUGUGGAAAGAGCUUUGCUCUAUCAGAAAAACUAACUAUACACCAGCGAACACACACAGGAGAGAAGCCUUAUAGCUGUGAUCAGUGUGGGAAGAGCUUUGCUGUAGCUUCCACCCUGAAUAGACACCAGCUAACACACAGUGGAGAAGCCUUAUAG